GGAGUCAGAGGUGCCUUUAAAGAUGGAGGACGACCUGGCGUCUGAAGAUGAUGUCUUGCUCUGGUCAGAAAAGGAGUUCCACGAUGCUGCAAAGAGGAACGACACAGGGAGAAUGCAGGAACUGAUCAAGAAGGGUGUGGACGUUAAAGCCAAAAACAAAAUAGAUCGUAAAGCACUGCAUUGGGCAGCAGGAGCUGGGAACGAACAGGCUUUACGUCUCCUACUGGACCAUGACACUGAAGUUGAUGAGAGGGACAUUUUUGGCAUGAAUGCUCUGCUGCUGGCGUCGUGGUUCGGUCACCUAAAGAUCCUGCAGAUCCUGGUGUCCUGCGGAGCAAAACUCAACUGUGAGAACAAAGAUGGUCUGAGCAUGCUGCACUGCGCUGCCCAGCGAGGCCACAUCACAGUGUUGGAGUUCAUCAUGGAGGAUCUGGAGGACAUCUCUCUGGACAGAGUGGAUAAGUCGGGGAAGACAGCUCUCCACCUGGCUGCCGAACAUGGACAACUUGAAGUGGUGGACUUCCUGAUUGGAAUGGGGUGCACUCAUAGUUUAAAGGACAAGGAAGAGAACACAGCCGUUCAUAUGGCAGCGCAGCAUGGCCACACAGAGGUCCUGCAGAAGAUCAUGGAGACCGGAGUGGAUGUGGAUGAGCGGAACAUAAACGGUCUCACAGCUUUGCACCUGGCAGCUGAUGGAGGUCACUACGUAUGUGUCCGACUGCUGCUGGAGUCCAGCUGUAACGUCAACGCACUCACUAAUAGGAAUAUGAAUGCUCUCCAUUAUGUGGCCCAACAUGGCUUUGACAGAGAGGCCGGUCUGCUGGUGGAGGCAGGGAUCAACAUACAUGCUUCAGACAAUCAACAGAACACACCUCUCCACCUGGCCACCUUCAACAAUCACAUAGAGGUUGUACGGCUGCUGAUAGAUGCUGAGUGUGACCUGGAUAUAGCUGACAACAGACAACAGACCGCUUUGCACAUAGCAGCAGAGCAUGGCUGGCAGGACAUGGCUGAGAUGAUGCUAGUUUCAGGCAUCAACCUGAAUCUGACUGAUAAGCAGGGGAAAACCUGUCUGGAGGUGGCAGCAAGAGGAAACCAUGUCAUCCUCGUUGACAUGAUCAUCAAAGCUGACCGUUUUUAUAAGUGGGAGAAGGAUCACAUGGGCAGUGAGCAGGACUCCUGGGUGGGGAGGCAGCUGAGCUUCAAGCAGGACCACCAGCCAGAGACACAACACCUCCGCUCUGUCCUGUGGAGCCUGGCCACCAAGCACCUCUGCCGUGGAGAAUGGAAGAUUCUGGCACAACACUGGAACUUCAGCGAUGCUCAUAUACGGGCUAUAGAACAACAGUGGACAGGUAUGAAAAGCUUCAAGGAGCACGGCCACCGAAUGUUGUUAAUCUGGCUUCAUGGAGUGGUGAUGGCGGGGGAGAACCCGACCAAAGGUCUCUAUGAGGGGCUGGUGGAAAUCUCCCGGACAGACUUGGCAGAGUGCAUCCGGCAUAAGGCAAACGCAGAAAGCAGCUCUCCUAAAAUGUGCUCUGCUAUGUGAUCAACACUGUGAACACGACUAAUGCAAGGUGUCCGUGCACAUCUGAACUCUAUUUAACUGGAGAUGUCCAGAGCUG